AUGGUGCCAUGGAGGAAUCUGAAGAGUCUCCCAAGACCUGACUCCUGGGAACGGACGCAACAGAGAAACAGGCUCGCACUGGCCAGGGAUAUGGCUGCUGGGCGGCGGAUGCUGGGUGUGGCUUGGGCCGCCCUGGGGACAGGGGUGCCGGGGCCGCCCCGCCGUGGCACGGCCUCCCUCGCCUCCCGGAUGGCAGAGUACCGGAGGAUGUGGAAGCCUGUGGAGCCCCAGGGGUGGGCUGAGCAGUACAGGGAGCGGUUCAUCCCCUUCACCAAGGGGCAGCUGGUCAGCACCCUUCUCAAGGAGUUCCACUCUUCCAGCGACGCCGAGCGCGCCUCCUUCCUGGCCUUCGUGGCGCGGGUGGACUCUUCCCUCCUGCAUCGCUACCAUUCCCUCCUGGGGCGCUUGCAGGCUCUCUACGACCCCAUUAACCCCGACCGGGACACCCUGCCAGAGUUGGCUCUGAGCGACACCGAGCGCCUGGCUAAGGAGCGUCAGGUCCUGGCUGAGCUGGAACCGGUGCUGGAUCAAGCCAACUUCAACAGCCUGUCGGAGGAUGCCCUGGCCUACGCCCUCAUCGUGCAUCACCCUCAGGAUGACGUCCAGGUUUCAGUCAACCUGGAUCAGUACGAGUACAUCCGGUUCUGGGCCCUCGGCCAGCGUGUUGGAGUCCUCCCGAUUAAAUCCACGCUGGGGCCUCGGAAGGGGCUGUUCGGCACGGCACGGACCCCCGCGGAAAGGCAUUAUUUCAAGCGGGUGCUGGUGGCGGCCCGGCCCAGGAACGCCCACCUGGUGCUGAAGUGCUUCAAGGACAUCCCCUUGGAGGCGCUGGAGCAGCUGCUGCCGGCCGUGAGGAUCCGCACGUCCAUGUUCUACAAGACGCUGCUGAACGUCACGCUGGUGGUGAGCGGGCUGGUCCUCUUCGUCAACGUCGGCAUGGUGGUGCUGUCCGACCUCAAGAUCGGCACCAGUUUCCUGCUGCUCUGCUUCGCCGCCUUCAUGACCUUCCGCGCCUGGAAGGUAUUCGGGCAGCGGCGGAACAUCCACUCCCUGGAGCUGGCGCACAUGCUGUAUUACCGCAGUACCUCCAACAACUCGGAGCUGCUGGGGGCGCUGGUGCUGCGGGCGCAGGAGGAGCACGCCAAGGAGCUGAUCCUGGCACACAGCUUCCUGGGCCGGCAGCCAGCCCAGCCCCCGCACGGCCCCGCAGACCCUGAGAUCGUGGCUGGCCUUCAGGAGCAUGUCCAGUCGUGGCUGCAGCUCCACUCGGGCCUGGAAGUCUCCUUCUGCGCCGACCGCGCCUGCCGGCACCUGCUCAGCCUAGAGGGGGGGCACCGGGCCGAUCCCGCCAUGGCCCCUGGGUCCCACUGA